AGAGAAAAAAAAAAAGAAAUAAAGGGCCAUUAUCUGUUACCCAGUCCACGUGUCACAUUUAUCUAUUUCCCUUUUAUCCCAUGGCUCCACGGUAGAAGACAACUCUUCAAAAUUUAGUGUCAGUCUAAAGUCCCAGAGUCUCCUUUUGAAUCUCUCUAGGUGGAACGAAAAUCAAAGAAAAAAAAUCUGAAAUUCAAGAUUAUAUCUGUCGCCUGUCGGUCACUCUAGACCCUUUUUUAACAUUUCUUUUUCGAAUUUUAUUUUAGCCCAUUUGAAUUUUCGGUGCUGCCGAUGGUUGUUUGAAUUUAGGGUGAAAAAAAGGUGGAAAAUUUGUUCGGAGGAGAGAGAUGUACGUGAGCGGCGGAGGUCCUCUGCGGAAGUCUUUCAAGGACUCGCUCAAAGUUCUUGAAGCCGAUAUUCAGCAUGCAAAUACUCUGGCAUCUGAUUUUUCCCGAGAGUACGAUGGGGCAUGUCUGCAAAUGAGAAUAUCUUACAGCCCAGCUGCGCAAUUUUUCCUUUUUCUUGUUCAGUGGACUGAUUGCCACCUUGCAGGUGCUCUUGGGCUGUUGAGAAUUCUAAUUUAUAAGGUAUAUGUUGAUGGCACCACCACUAUGUCGACUCAUGAGAGAAAAGCCAGCAUUCGAGAAUUCUAUGCUGUUAUUUAUCCCUCUCUAAUGCAACUUCAAAGAGGUGUCACUGAUACAGAAGAUAAAAAGCAGAAAGCUUUAUGUCUUGAGAGAUACAGGAGAAAGGAUGAAGAAGAACACAGGCAAUGCUCGGAAGUAGAGAGUGAGAGGGAAGAAGAAUGUGGGAUUUGCAUGGAGAUGAACAGCAAGAUAGUCUUGCCAAACUGUAAUCAUGCCAUGUGCUUAAAAUGCUACAGAGAAUGGCGCUCGAGGUCACAGUCAUGCCCUUUCUGCCGUGACAGCUUGAAGAGAGUUAAUUCUUGCGAUUUAUGGGUUUUUCUCGACGGCAGGGACGUUUUGGACAUUUCCACUAUAACAAGGGAGAAUUCGAAAAGGCUGUUCAUGUACAUAGAUAAGUUACCUCUUGUAGUACCCGAGACUCUCUUUGAUGCUUAUGAUACCCAUGUGAGAUAAACUUUUAACUCGUUUGCUCGAUUAUGGAUCUUUCUUUUACUCGAGGCUUUACUGAGGAGCAUGAAAUCAUCUCUUAAGUUAGUUCCGAUUGCAUGCUUAGGAAAAACCCAGCCUUGAUUUAUGUUGGGCUGUGGUUUUAAGUUUUAGAGGUUAUGUGUGCUGGGACUUUGUAUAGAAACUGUAUAGGAUGAAGUUUACUUAUCAAAAAGUUACGAUGAAAUUUGGAAUUUCGGCUGCUAAAUGAAAAGAAAUCUUAUCUUGUUUGUUGGUGCA